GGGAGGAGGGGCAAGAGGACGAGAAAGAGGAGGGCGGUCGUCCGGGGUUAGGUUGGGGAGGGGGGGGUUGUCCGUCCAUUCAGGGCGGGGGAUGACUCACGGCCCAUCCCAUCUCCCCAACGCCUCCCGCCCGCGCAGAACUAGCUCCAUGGCUUAGCGGAGGAGGCGGUGGUGAGCGGGGGGAAGGGGACUCUUAUUUUGUUAGGGGGACCGGGCCGAGGCCCGACCGGCCUGGCAGGGCUCGCCCGGAGUCGGGCGUCAUGUCUCAUGCGGCUGAGCCAGCUCGGGACGGCGUAGAGACCAGCGCGGAGGGCCCUCGAGCCGUGUUCCUGCUGUUGGAGGAGCGCAGGCCGGCCGACUCGGCCCAGCUGCUCAGCCUGAACUCUUUGCUUCCGGAAUCCGGGAUUGUUGCUGACAUCGAAUUAGAAAACGUUCUUGAUCCUGACACCUUCUACGAGCUCAAAAGCCAACCCCUACCCCUACACACAAGCCUCCCAAUAUCACUGCAGGCCACACCAGCCACCCCAGCUACACUCUCUGCAUCGUCUUCUGCAGGGGGCUCCAGGACCCCUACCAUGUCGUCAUCUUCUUCAUCGAGAGUCUUGCUGCGGCAACAGCUGAUGCGGGCCCAGGCGCAGGAGCAGGAGAGGCGUGAACGUCGGGAACAGGCCGCUGCAGCUCCCUUUCCAAGUCCUGCACCUGCCUCUCCUGCCAUCUCUGUGGUAGGCGUCUCUGCUGGGGGCCACACAUUGGGUCGUCCACCUCCUGCUCAGGUGCCCAGAGAAGUGCUUAAGGUGCAAACCCACCUGGAGAACCCAACACGCUACCAUCUACAGCAGGCGCGCCGACAGCAGGUGAAACAGUACCUGUCCACCACACUUGGGCCCAAGCUGGCUUCUCAGGCCCUCACCCCACCUCCGGGCCCCACAAGUGCCCAGCCACUACCUGCCCCUGAGGCUGCCCACGCUACAGGCCCCACAGGCAGUGCUCCCAACAGCCCCAUGGCGCUGCUCACCAUCGGGUCUAGUUCAGAGAAGGAGAUUGAUGAUGUCAUUGAUGAGAUCAUCAGCCUGGAGUCCAGUUACAAUGAUGAGAUGCUCAGUUAUCUGCCCAGAGGCACUACAGGGUUGCAGCUUCCCAGCACACUCCCAGUGUCAGGAAAUCUGCUUGAUGUGUACAGUAGUCAGGGCGUGGCCACUCCAGCCAUUACUGUCAGCAACUCCUGCCCAGCUGAGCUACCCAACAUCAAACGAGAGAUUUCUGAAACGGAGGCAAAAGCCCUUUUGAAGGAACGGCAGAAGAAAGACAAUCACAACCUGAUUGAGCGUCGCAGGCGAUUCAACAUUAACGAUAGGAUCAAAGAGCUGGGCACUCUCAUCCCCAAGUCCAGUGACCCAGAGAUGCGCUGGAACAAGGGCACCAUCCUGAAGGCCUCUGUGGAUUAUAUCCGCAAGUUGCAGAAGGAGCAACAGCGCUCCAAAGACUUGGAGAGCCGGCAGCGAUCCCUGGAGCAGGCGAACCGCAGCCUGCAGCUCCGAAUUCAGGAGCUAGAACUGCAGGCCCAGAUCCAUGGUCUGCCGGUACCUCCUACCCCAGGGCUGCUCUCCCUGGCCACAACUUCAGCUUCUGACAGCCUGAAGCCAGAGCAGCUGGACAUUGAUGAAGAAGGCAGGCCAGGCACAACAGCAUUUCAUGUAGUGGGGGGACCUGCCCAGAAUGCUCCCCAUCAGCAGCCCCCAGCACCACCCUCGGAUGCCCUUCUGGACCUGCACUUUCCCAGCGAUCACCUGGGGGACCUGGGGGACCCCUUCCACCUGGGCCUCGAGGACAUUCUGAUGGAGGAGGAGGAGGGGGUGGUGGGAGGACUAUCAGGAGGUGCCCUGUCCCCACUUCGGGCUGCCUCUGACCCUCUGCUGUCUUCAGUAUCCCCUGCUGUCUCCAAGGCCAGCAGCCGCCGCAGCAGCUUCAGCAUGGAGGAGGAGUCCUGAUCAGGCCUCCCCUCCCCUGGGAUUUCCCCACCCAGGAAAGGAGGACAAGUCAGGAUGGGGCCCUGCCUUUUCCCCUACCCUCCCAUGAGACUGCCCUGCCAAGAUAUUCUGGGGGAAGAGGAUGUGAGGCUUUGCCCCUUCCCCAAAAGAACAGCCCAGUACAGGUAUUUCAGAAGGAGAAGGCAAUGAGACCAGGGUCUACUGAUACUAUGGGGAUCAUAGCCUUGCCCUUGCCCUUGCCCUUGCCCUUGUGGGAACCAUCCUUGCCCAAGUGAGAUAAAGAGAGUGGAUGGGGUCCUACUCUGUCCCUUAGGCACUGUUCUAGCCAGGUCUCCUAGGAAAAGGUGUCAGGAUAAUGUUCUAUCCUUUAUCUUGGAACCAGCAGUCUGCUGUAUCUUGGCACAGAAGGGUAAUCAAAUAAGAGUUCCUAGCCUUGCCCCUUCCUCAUGAAUUUUGCCCUUCCCAGGCAAGGAAAGGAAGUCAAGAUGAGACCUACCCACUUCCCCUGGGAACUCAGUCCUGGCAUUCUAGGAAUGGAGGAGCCAAGCCCCGCCCCUUCUUUCUAAGGACAGCCAACACAGGUAUUUUGGAUGUGGAGUCAGUAGGACCAGGCCACCCAGUGUGGAGAUUACAGUCCUCACCUUUUCCCUAGAAACAUCCCAUCCAUGCAUUCCACACUGCAGAGAGGAGUGGUACUUAACCUCCCCUGCCUUAACCUGGGACCAACCUGAUAUAACUUAGGAGGGCUCUAAGCUAACCUCACUCUUGGGGAAGAUGGCAGAUCUUAAAAUCUUCUGAAUUGACUUUCCAGGUUUAGAUCUGGAAUGAGAGUUGGGCCCUCACUCUUGGGCAGGGUCCUGCCUUCUUCCUUGAGGGGCAAUUUGGGGAAGCAACAGGGAUCAGUUGGGACUGAGACCAGGUUCCCAGUAUUGAUUUUUCAAUGUGUAGAGGAACAGGAUGAAGGAAGGGGCCAUUCUUGGGAGUUCCCCAGCCCAGGGAAAUGUAGAAGCCUCCUCCACCAAGGCAGAGGCUUGGAGGAGGGUUGCAAAAGCAUAUUGUAUCCCCUUGUUUGUUUAUCUGAUUUUUUUUAUUGACCCCCCCCCCAUUCAGAAGUUAGGUCACCCCCAACCUCUGGUCCCCACCUGGUUCUCCAUUUGGAGGAAUCGCUUCAUUUCAGAGUUAUCAAGAGACACUCCCUGUCCAUUCUCACCCCUCCUACCACCUACACCCAAGGUUGUCAGCAUUGGAUUGCUGGGGCCAGGCCCUAAGGAGGGUGUACUGAGGGGGUCUGUAGGUUUGUGAUUAAAAUAAUAAAUGCUAGGCGUGUUUGAUGCGCUUUUAACUUUGGCAAA